AUGGCCACGCACCGGCUGCUGCUGCUGGCCGUGUGGGUGCUGGCUGCCGAGCUGCGGCUGAGGGCCGAGGCCGGGGCGGCACCCUACGGAGUGAAGCUUUGCGGCAGGGAAUUCAUCCGAGCCGUCAUCUUCACCUGCGGAGGCUCCCGGUGGAGACGGUCAGACGCCCUGGCCCACGAAGCUAUGGGCGAUGCCUUCCCAGACGCAGACUCCGACGCAGACAGCGAGCUGGGUGAAGCAGUGGCCUCCAGCGAGUGGCUGGCCCUGACCAAGUCCCCCCAGGCCUUCUACGGGGGGCCACCUGGCAGGCAGGGACCCCUGGGGUUUCUUCGGGGUGGCCGUGAUGUCCUGGCCGGCCUCUCCAGCAACUGCUGCAAGUGGGGCUGCAGCAAGAGGGAAAUCAGCAGCCUCUGCUAGACCAGGGCCCGGCGGCCG